ACCUUCACCGCCUGGUGCAACUCUCACCUGCGUAAAGCGGGCACACAGAUUGAGAACAUUGAGGAGGACUUCAGGAAUGGACUCAAACUCAUGUUGCUGUUGGAGGUCAUCUCAGGUAGUUGGGCACCACAGGCAGAGGGCUCAAAUGCUGUUGAACAUUGACGUUUCACUCUUUUCUGCAUGGUAAAAUUCUAACUUCAUUUCACAAUUUCCAUUCACUUACAUGAAUGCUAACUAGCGUGUCCUUGUUGUGUGUGUUUGUGAAUGUGCAGGUGAAAGGCUUCCCAAGCCAGACAAAGGCAAAAUGCGUUUCCACAGAAUCGCCAACGUGAACAAGGCCCUGGAUUUCAUCUGCAGCAAGGGAGUCAAGCUGGUGUCCAUCGGUGCUGAGGGUGAGAAACUCUUAUCUUCUCAUAUUACUCAUCUACUUCCAGUAAAUGUAUUUUCACAUCUUAUGUCUCUAUCCUCCGAUCUAACUGACCCUUGACCUCGGCAGAGAUUGUGGAUGGUAAUGUGAAGAUGACCCUGGGGAUGAUCUGGACCAUCAUUCUGCGUUUCGCCAUCCAGGACAUCUCUGUAGAGGGUGAGAACUCUUCAAAGACACACAGCAAAACCCUCUCAGAGCACCUUACAAUUCCUCAUUCAUAUAUGCAACAUAUGUAAUAGGCAUUUCUCAUGGUUAGGGUUAUUUCUAUGCUAUAAAGGGCUUUUAAAAAAACAAAUUCCUACCUAAUGUCAUUGUGUGUGUUCAGAGACCUCUGCGAAGGAGGGUCUGUUGCUGUGGUGCCAGAGGAAGACUGCCCCCUACAGGAAUGUCAAUGUGCAGAACUUCCACAUCAGGUGAGCAGCCACUACCCUGUUCUGGUCACAUAGCUGGCUCACAACAUAUCACAACAUAUCACAACAUAUCACAACAUAUCACAUACGUUCUGUAGUCACUGAUAUGUGUUUUAGCCAUGGUUUAAAUCCUGAAUGAUCUCAAUCUGCAAAGUUGUUACAGGAGAUUCUCCCAUUCGUCAUCUCAUUGUUUCGCUGUUACACUUUCACGUUUUCUCCUUUUCUCUGCUUCACACAUCCUGUGUUUACCUCUUUUUCACAGAUACUAUGCAUUCAUCUCUUUUUUCCUCCUUUUCAUCUUUGAUUGAUUUGUAUAUCAUUCCUUCCAUCUAUCUCUCUCCCUGGGUCUGUGUCUCAGCUGGAAGGAUGGCCUGGCACUGUGUGCCCUCAUCCACAGACACAGACCUGACCUCAUUGACUACUCCAAACUGCGCAAGGUGCUGUCACUCUUCCCACCCACAUCCCAGCAUGAUUGGUCCACACCUCCCUGGUCCACACUCAGCCAGUCUCUCCAUUUGCCCACACAAACAUCACUCAAACAGCCCACACCAUUGUUCACGCCCAUAGUCUACUCUGAAUCUUUGUAAUGUAUUUCUUGGUAUUUUUGAUUCUUCUAAAGGCUCUUUGUUCUGUAAAUGAUCAGUGGUGAGGAUGGAGGAACUGGCAUAGAGAACUGAACUGUGCUGUGGCUAACAUUACUGACAGACCGAUUCUGUUAAAGCACUGGUUUGAAGUAACAAUCGAAUACCUGUUCGAGUUGGUUCAGUUUUCUAUUCUUGAAAACAGUGCAUGUUUUAUAUGAAUUGACACUAAAAAAAAGACCUUAAAAUGAUCCAGCAUCAUCUUCUUAAGGAUAAAAUGACUAAAAUAGCAAUAAUGCAUGGAGUGGCUUCAGAAGUGAUGUGAAUUGGUGGACUAUGAUGAUAACUAAUUCAAUAUCUUAGUUCUAUUAUUAUCUUUAAAUGUCAUAAAAAAAUACAAGGACCAAGACACUAUUCAUAUAAUUAAACAGCUUAUUAUUACAAUUAUUAUGUUCAAUGGAACAGAAAUGUGAAAACUCUGACACGUUUCGGCAGCAUGGCUUUCGUCUGGGAGUACAAUGAUACAACGUCUUCUUUUGAACAAACCAUGGUUCAAACAAUAUUUCUCUCAUGGUGAAUGUAAAGAGAGCUACCUACAUAGUUCAGCAUGGCUAGGAGUGCAUCCUGUCUGCUCCAACUGGUACUAGUCUGUAGCCUCUUACUCACCGAGUCAUGUCUUGUGUGUGCGUCUGUAGGAUGACCCCAUGGGUAACCUCAACACGGCCUUCGAGGUGGCAGAGAAGUACCUGGACAUCCCCAAGAUGUUGGAUGCAGAAGGUGAACAACCUUUCUUACAGGACUCCAAAAAUCAAAGAUAUAGCAUUAUUAAGAUGGUGCUUAGCUACUGAAAAAAAAGCACACAUUUUCAUAAGCGCUCAUAUUGUCUGAACCAAAAUGAGGAACAAAUGAUUUCUCUGGAUAUCUAUGGCAAUCAUUUUGACUUUUUCUUUCCAUUUCAGAUAUUGUGAACACCCCAAAGCCCGAUGAGAAAGCCAUCAUGACCUAUGUGUCCUGCUUCUAUCAUGCCUUUGCUGGAGCAGAGCAGGUGAGGUUUCCCUACUGACCACCAUUCUACAUAGCCUUUCCCCUUAGACAUCCAGCCUGGACAUCCUCCCUGACCUCUGUUCUUGUGUCAUAGGCCGAGACAGCUGCCAAUAGGAUCUGCAAGGUGCUGGCUGUCAACCAGGAGAACGAGAAGCUCAUGGAGGAGUAUGAGAAGCUGGCCAGUGAGGUGGGUGGGCACCCUUUAGAUUGACCUUGGUCCAUUCCAAAUACUCUGUGUUAAGAUGGCUUCAGUCUUUAUACUACCCUCUCCCCUUAGCUGCUGGAGUGGAUCCGUCGCACCAUCCCCUGGCUGGAGAACCGUGUGGCGGAGCAGACCAUGCGCGCCAUGCAGCAGAAGCUGGAGGACUUCCGUGACUACCGUCGUGUCCACAAGCCUCCCAAGGUGCAGGAGAAGUGUCAGCUGGAGAUCAACUUCAACACCCUGCAGACCAAGCUGAGGCUGAGCAACAGGCCCGCCUUCAUGCCUUCUGAGGGCAAGAUGGUGUCGGUACGUCCCCCACAGCCACCCCUCCCAUUGACUCUGACUUUUACUCUCAUUACCGUCAUCUGGUCUAGUCUGUCAUGUUCUCAUUCACUGAGCCCCUGGUUUGUCUUGGACUCGUCUCCCCUCAGGACAUUGCCAAUGCCUGGAAGGGUCUGGAGCAGGUAGAGAAGGGUUAUGAGGAGUGGCUGCUCACUGAGAUCCGCCGCCUGGAGAGACUGGACCACCUGGCUGAGAAGUUCAAGCAGAAGUGUUCUCUGCACGAGUCCUGGACCUCAGGUAUGGGAGAUGGGGAUAGAAACGGCGGAAGGGAGACUCUCAAUGAUCUAAAAUCAAGUGGAGGGUUUGUGUUUGUUAAGAAGGUUGUAAAAACCCUGCUCUGAACUUUGUGUAGUAGAUGUAAUGGAUUUGUACUUGCGUUUUAGUCAGUGUGUGUCUCUGUGGCCUUCAGGUAAGGUGGAGCUGCUGUCCAUGAAGGACUAUGAGUCUGCCUCUCUGAUGGAGAUCCGUGCCCUGAUGAGGAAGCACGAGGCGUUUGAGAGCGACCUGGCCGCCCACCAGGACAGAGUGGAGCAGAUUGCUGCCAUCGCCCAGGAGCUCAAGUAAGGAGAGAGAGGGGGGAAAGGAGAGACAGGCAGAGAGAGUAACAGAGACUGAAAGAGAGACUGAUCGAAUGAUAAAGAUGGGGAGAAUGAGAGAGUGAGAAAAGGAAGAAAAUCUCCCUUCCUCUUUUGGUCUGAAAUGACUCAGAGGGGAUGCUAGCUCCAAUCUCAUAUUCUUCAUGUCCUAGUGAGCUGGACUAUCAUGAUGCUGUCACCAUCAAUGCCCGCUGCCAGGGCAUUUGUGACCAGUGGGACAACCUGGGCACUCUGACCCAGAAGAGGAGAGACUCACUGGAGGUACCCUGGAGACAGACAUACAUGACCCUAUUUCUAACCCCCACAACACUGUGCCUUCCUACCCUCUAUAUAACCUACGCUACUUACAGUAAAUAGGCUUCAGAUCUCCAUACAAGUCUGGGAUGACCUCAAUUCCCAGGUGAUAACACAGACUGGCUUAUGUGUGUUUUUCAGCGUGUGGAGAAGCUGUGGGAGACCAUUGACCAGCUGUACCUGGAGUUUGCCAAGAGAGCAGCCCCCUUCAACAACUGGAUGGAUGGAGCCAUGGAGGACUUACAGGACAUGUUCAUUGUUCACAGCAUUGAGGAGAUCCAGGUAGGAGGCAGAGAGAGGGAGGGGGCAUGAUAGGUAGGGGGGAGAGGGGGGAGCUAGUUUGGGACAUCCUCUUUACAUCCAUGUAUAAUUCCUCCUUCCUUCACUUUCUCCUCUUCAUCAUUCCCUGUGUUCCUCCUCUUCAUUUGCCUAGGCCUCUUUUCCUGGCUCAUCCUAUUCUUCGUCUCUUCUUCACCUCCUCCUCAGAGUCUGAUCACAGCCCAUGACCAGUUCAAGGCCACCCUACCAGAGGCUGAUAAGGAGCGCAUUGCAACCAUGGGCAUCCAGAAUGAGAUCGUGAAGAUCGCUCAGACCUACGGCAUCAAGCUGUCAGGAGUCAACCCCUACACCGUUCUGUCCCCCCAGGACAUCACCAACAAAUGGGAUGCUGUGAGUACAUGUCCAUCUCUUUGAUAUUGUCUACUCAGGGAGUGAGAUGACCCCUCUCGUUCUAAAGACAAGCAUUAAACAAACUCAAUGCAACGAUUCUUUGGUUAUCAUUCAAACUUUAACACUGAUCCAUCGGGAGUCAUCAAGCUCCAGGUCGAGUCAUCAACUUUGUACUUCAACUUUGCCUAUCCUUUAUCUACUGUGUGUAGGUGAAACACCUGGUGCCCCUCAGGGACCAGAUGCUGCAGGAGGAGGUGGCCAGGCAGCAGUCCAAUGAGAGGCUGAGGCGCCAGUUUGCUGCCCAGGCCAACAUCAUUGGACCCUGGAUCCAGACCAAGAUGGAGGUAACUAACACCCCACAGCUCCCACUCAAACUCACAUCUUCAUUAGAUUAUUCCAAAUAUGUUUUAUAAGUGUUGAAGCGUAUCCUCUCAAGACAAAGUCAACGAAUCCUGGUAUUAACACAACUUUUAUGUGAUGUGUAUGUUUUGUUUGAUUCUAUGGAAACAGUGGCUAUUCUGGCUGAAUAAAUCAAAUCAGAUGAAUGAAUGGUGAUGAACUGUCACUGUACUCUAACACAGCCCAUCUCUCCUCCUGUAGGAGAUCAGCCAUGUGUCUGUGGACAUCGCCGGCUCCCUGGAGGAACAGAUGAGCAACCUGAAGCAGUACGAGCAGAACAUCAUCAACUACAAGUGUAACAUUGACAAACUGGAGGGAGACCACCAGCUCAGCCAGGAGUCCCUCAUCUUCGACAACAAGCACACCAACUACACCAUGGAGGUACUGCCGCUGGGCUCUCACCCCCCCCACCCGCCCUCGCUCUCCCCCUACCCCCCUGUACAGUCUUCAGAUUCUAAUCCUGUAUUCUCCUCACUCUUCCUCUCAGCAUGUGCGUGUGGGCUGGGAGCAGCUCCUCACCACCAUCGCCCGCACCAUUAACGAGGUGGAGAACCAGAUCCUGACCCGAGAUGCCAAGGGCAUCAGCCAGGAGCAGCUCAACGAGUUCAGAGCCUCCUUCAACCACUUUGACAGGGUAAGACAGAGCUUGAGCUAGGUAUCAGUUACCUUUUAAUGUUACAUCUCUUUCCUGGCCAUGUGGCUUAGUGAUCUUUGUUUUUCCUUAUGUAGAAGAGAAAUGGUAUGAUGGACCCAGACGACUUCCGUGCCUGUCUCAUCUCCAUGGGCUACGAUCUGGUGAGUAGGACUGCUUCAGGAACAGUUUUAACAGCUUAGUGACUUUUCAGACCCCUCCAGUGACUUUUAUUGGUAAAAGAUUCUAGCGUCAAAUUCAGCUACUUUUCAGGCUGCCUUUAGGGAGUUUUGACACUGAGGGUUUCUAUGGUUUUGAUAGCAUUUAGUGACUUUUCCCACUCAAUUCUGCCGCAAAUGAGAGUGGGAGAUGCUGUUUGUGCAACAGCAGUCACAACUACGGCACACACACAGGAUGAGAAGCACAAGGGGAGGGGGUGUGCAGCGGCAGAGGGGGUGAAAACACUAUGUCAGUGACCACAGCUUUUGCAAGGCAAAUUGGUGCUGUGAAUUAAUCUAGAGACAAAUCAAGUAGUCAAUAGCGGAUCUCACAGAAAUUGUUGGCAACACUGUUCAGGACCCCGUCACUUGGUUUCUCUGUGUGAGUAAUUAUUUGUUGUACUUGAAUAAUAAUUUCUUCCUUCCCCUCUCUUUCUCUCUCUGUGUCCCUCAGGGUGAGGUGGAGUUUGCCCGCAUCAUGACGUUGGUGGAUUCCAACAACACAGGUGUGGUCACCUUCCAGGCCUUCAUAGACUUCAUGACCCGCGAGACGGCCGAGACAGACACCGCCGAUCAGGUCAUGGCCUCAUUCAAGAUCCUGGCCUCAGACAAGGUGAGUUGGGCGGCACCCUUAUUGCACCUAUUCUUCUGCGAACUCAGUCACAUGGAGCCAUUGAUUUUGGUUGUGUUGUGAUGUCCGUGGUGUGACCCUUGAUGACCCUAGUUGACCUGUGUCCUCCCCUCCCAGACAUACAUCACAGUGGAAGAGCUGCGCAGGGAGCUGCCACCAGAGCAGGCCGACUACUGCAUCAGCCGCAUGACCAAGUACAUCGGCAGCGACGCGCCCCCAGGCGCGCUGGACUACAUCUCCUUCUCCAGUGCCCUGUACGGAGAGAGCGACUUAUAA